GGGACUCUGGGGAGUGGCUUCAUGAUCCACUGAAGGGGGUUCGGGAAUGCGGCUCAUGGGCGCAUUCGGCACUUGUCGGCUUCUAAGCAUACGGAAACUUGUCACGGCGUCAGGAUUCUUUUGAAAGUUGACGGAACUGUUGAUCUGUUGUUACCUUCAUCAAGUAUUUGAAUGUCAAUUGCUUGAAUGUAAGGUAAGUAAAGUAUUUAGUUACCGAGGUCUUAACCUACAACCUGGGGAAGCUCUCUGCUAGGUGCUCGUCUGUAACCAACACACUCUCAUUGGCCAAUAAUCAGCCACUCAACGUCGUCUCUUCUGAUUCGCUACAAAAAAGUUCAAGCUCAGAGACUCCAGAACCCAGAGAGCUCCCAGACGAACCACCACACUCCUCCACACUCUCUACAAAAACCCUGCCGCAACAUCUCCAACCUCGAAAUGAACAAUUUUGGCGUCUACGAGCUCGCCAGCAGCAAAGUCACAAACGCCCCGGGAUGGGCUUACGUCCCCGACACGGGCCUCAACCCGGCCGCCGCCGCCCUCCAGCCCGCGAACCGCAAGCGCGCCGCUCGAAGCAAGGCGAACCCAACCGCCUCAGAUCUCACCGUCCGCCAGGAAGCCAAGAUCCGCAAGGAACUUGAGCAGCUGGACCGCGACGGUGGCCGUGAUGCCUCGAUACCCAUCCCAGCCAAGGCUUCACGAGGCCAGAACAAGAGCACGCCAGCGAUUCGCAAAAUCCUCCAAUCCCAAAAAACCUUCCACAACCACUGCGACGACCACCUCGCCCUCCUCUCCCACGCCGGAAACACGCCCGCGCCGCACCCGAACCAGCACACAGCCAAGCCGGCCAACAAACCGCCCCAUCCGAACCAGCACACCAAGCGCAACGCCGCCAAGCGCUCCAAGACAUCGACACCCAAGACACCAGCCGAACCAGAAGACGUCGAGAUGACGCCCGCGCCGUCAGCAGAAGCGCCAGAGGACUCCGCGUCGGCAGCAGGCCCGGUGCUGACGCCCUACGAUAAACCGGGACCCGCGCCGCAUCCCGGCGACGACAAUCCGCUGCUCGUAUCGCGGGUGCCUGCGAUGCCGACGGACGAGGAGCUCAAGUGGUUGCUCUCGCGGCCGAUGUUGAGUUUCUGGGACGCGAGGGCCGAGUGGGGCGACGACGAUACGCGGUAUCCGGAGCGGAGUUUCUGCGAGGUGUGUGGGUAUUGGGGCCGGGUGAAGUGUAUGAAGUGCGGGACGAGGGUUUGCGCUUUGGAUUGUCUUGAGACGCAUCGGGAGGAGUGUUUUACGAGGUACGGUAUUUGA